AUGGUGAAAAACAGAGGAAUAGAAGAAAGACAAGAAGAGAAGAAGACAGGAAGGCACGAAGAUAGGAAGAUAGAAAGACAGAAAAGCAGCAAGACAGAAAAAUGGAAAGCCAGAAAGGCUGAAAGGUUGAAGAACAGAAGGACAGAUGUAUACAAUGACAGAAGAAUAGAAGGCGGCUGGGCAGAGAGGGACAGAAAGACAGAAGAACAAAAAGAAAAAAGAAAGACAGGAAAGCAGGAAAAAGAAGGACAAAAGGACCAAAGGACCAAUGGACAAAAGGAUGAACGAACAGAAGCAGAAAAGGACAAAAAGACAAAAGGACUGAAAGAUAUAAGGACAGAAAGACAGAAAGAAAAAGAAGAAAGACAAAAAAGGAGAAGGAGAGACAGAAAUACAAGAAGACAAGAAGAUAGGAAGAUCCGAAGAGAAGAGUACAGAAAAACAGAAAGACGAGAAGAGAGAAAAACAGAAAAACAGAGAAGGACGAAGAAGGUCGAAGAAGUACGAAAAAAGACGAAGAGAAAGAAAAAAGACAAAAUAGGCGAAAAGGACGAAAAAAGGACGAAAAGUUCGAAAAGGCCUAAAAAGGGCGAAAAGGUCGAAAAGGACGAAAAAGGACGAGAAAGACGGAAUGGUCAAAAAGGACGAAAAGGACGAAAAAGGACGAAAAAGGACGGACAGGACGAGAAAGACGAAAAAGGAUGGAAAAGGACGAAAAGGUCGAUAAGGUCAAAAAAGGACGAAAAGGACGAGAAAUUAGGAAAAGGGCGAAAAAGGACAUUUCCGGGGUCUACCGUUCGAUUCCUCGAAUUAUUUGAAUGA